AUGGAAUCUCCAAUCGACCAAAAAGCUUCGCCGAACCAAGCUACAGAAUGCAGCCAAUCACCACACCUUCCAUGGGAUGUCCUCAUCGAAAUAGCCCGCCAUUGUCGUCUCGACGAGCUGCGUGUUUUGACCAUGGUCAGUACGCAAAUGCGCGAUCUGAUUGAUCGCUAUAUCCCCACGAUUGCGCCAGCGGUAGCACAUGUCACGUUCAGUAAACGAGUCCUCCAGCACAUGUACGAUCGAUCGAACUUCUUCCACUAUGAGCAGCUGCGAGAGCUCGUACCGCACCAGCUGGCGGCAAUCCUGGUGAACAAACAUCGAAUCGCAUAUUCAAAUGGGCGCCCAGCUUAUCGUAUACCAGCAGAAGCACCUUGCGGCGACUAUCUGCGUAAACGAGUCGCAAACGGCUGGGACAUCCUACGGGAGUUGUAUCUUAUCUCCCAGGAUGUGCGUACGUCUUAUACAGCAGAUGAAUUGAUACAGCAGGACCGGCAGUCGCUGCGAUACUCACUCGACGCCUGUAAGAUGAAGGAGGAUAUCAUCCAGCAGCGACGUCUGGACUAUGUUCAUGGACUAUGUUCUCAUCAGAUACGAGAUUACAUAUUGCUGACGACGCUCCUUCCUUGCAUUUUCAGUAUGUCAAAGGCUAACGUUGGAGACGAGUACGAGCCUUGGAUAUUCGACAAGGGCGAAAGCUUUGAUCAGUUGCGCUCGUUCCGAGAUGGAACGACGUGGCUCUCGUGGUUUGUGCUAGCUGAAGGACUGCAUAUUUUCUGGGCUCAAUGGUGGAGUUUGCCUCCAGAUUUGGCACAGCAUCACAUCGCACGCCGCGCCGUGCACACAUAUAAAAUUUUGGAUCCUGCACUUGUCGACCACCAGCGUUCAUUGAUGAAGCGACUUCAUGACGGUAUCCGUGAUGUAGGGGGAGUCAAGUUAGCGGAUUACGGCAACUUGAAACCACAUCUGUAUUUCCCUAACGUUUCCAAUGGAAUGCGUCCGCCAAAAGACUACCGAGCUCCGGAGACGCUCCAGCAUGUACUAUUCCAUGCCAAUUUUCGAUGCCCAGAUGGAGUUGAAGAACCUUCUCCUUUGAUAAUCUCACCAUGGUAG